UAUUUUGUACAUACGCUGUUUUGUAUAUACUGUAUAUGAUGACUUCAGUGGGCAGUGAACGUAUCCGGGGUGCUCGGGACAGAAUGCAAAUUUCAACCACACAGCUAACACAACCACAGAAACAAUUAGUACAGGCAACAGCAGAACAGAUUCGCCUUGCUCAAAUGAUCUACGAUAAGAAUGACGCAGAUUUUGAAGAUAAAGUGAAACAACUUAUGGAAGUCACGGGGAAAAACCAGGAUGAGUGCAUUGUGGCACUACAUGAUUGUAAUGGGGAUGUGAACAGAGCAAUCAACAUACUGCUGGAAGGAAGUUCAGACACGACUUCUUGGGAGAUUGUAGGGGGAAAGAAGAAAAGCCUUGGAAAGGAAAGUUCAGAAAACAAAGAGAACAGAGAAAAACGAGGGGACAGAGAAGUGAGUCGUGGACAGGGAAGUUCCAACAGAUGGGGAAGAGGAUGCAGCCGUGGACAAGAGUUUAGAACCGAAGAGAAUGGAGUGGACAACAGUCAAGGAGACAGGCCUUCAGAUCGUGGGAAACGUGGCCGUGGGAGAGGGUUUGGACGUGGCAGAGGGAGAGGAGCGGGGAGGUUUUCAGCCCAAGGCAUGGGGACAUUUAACCCUGCAGACUAUACGGAUUCUUCUGCCACUGAUGGCUUUGGGACAAAAUCAGAGAUUUGGGAGACUGGUCAGAAUGAUGCAGGUGAUAGAACUGGAGCAUGGAAAAACUCAGUAGAAGAAUGGACAGCAGAAGACUGGAAUGAAGAUCUUUCUGAAACAAAAGUCUUCACUGCUUCCUCUGUUCCAGCUGAGAAUCAUAUCACUUCUGGGCAAAGUAUUGAUUUGGUAGCAGUGCUUCAAAAGCCUAUGACUUCUACCCAAGAGACAGAAAGUAACUCAUUUGAGGCUAAUCAUAAGCAGACCUUUGGCCAAGCCCUAGUCUUCACAAAUUCUCAGCAUAGCACCCAGAUGUCAUCAGGAACUGGCGGAUCCAGUGCUGUAAACUCUAGUUCUCCUCAAAGUCUGUCUGCAGUUCUUUGUUCUGGCUUUGGAGAACUUGGAUCCUCUAAAUUGGAGAACUCUACUGGAUCCCAAACCUUGGACCAAUUGAAAUCUCCAGGUUUGGGUCGGUUUACCUCUCAACAAAACAAUAGUAGCUCUACCACCACUACCACAACUACCACAUCAUCCUGGGAUCUAAAAAUGCCUAUUACUCAGACAUCAGUCCUUAGUCAGUUUGACUUUAAAUCCCAGCCUGAACCAUCCCCAGUUCUGAGCCAGCUGACCCAACGACAGCAACAACAAACACAGACAGUCCCUGUUCCUCCUCCUGGACUGGAGUCAUCCUCCCCAGGAAAACUUCAUGAGCCAUCACCAGUAGGCACCUCUACAGCUGUUGGUAAAAUGCUACAGCUCCCCACUAUGUCUAUGGAUAACCAGGCAAUGACUUCCCAUCAAAUCCAGCAGAAACAGAUAAAAGCACCAAAACGGAGGAUAACUCCAGCAUCCAAGAUUCCUGCCUCUGCAGUGGAGAUGCCUGGAUCAGCAGAUGUGACAGGGUUAAAUGUUCAAUUUGGAGCUCUGGAGUUUGGAUCAGAGCCUGCACUCCCAGAGUUUGGAUCAACUUCAAGCAGUGAAAAUACCAGCCAGGCAACCAACAAUUGCUUGUACUCAAAAUCUGUAAAUGGUCCUUUGAAUACCUCUUUGACAAUAUCCAAUACAGUACAGGAGUCCACCUGCACAACCUCUGCCAUCACCUCUUCCAGUCUGACCUGCUCAUCUCAGAGCACUAGCCCAGUAGCAACUUCCUCCUAUGACCAGACUUCUGUGCAUAGUAGGAUAGUGUACCAAAGCUCCAUGGCUCCAUCUGAAUCAACCCCUGUUGUAGUUAUGAACGGGCACAGCAGUGUUAGAACACAGGCAACUCUUGACACUACUUCAUCAGUCUCAAUGCCUAAGACAGAGACUUCUUCGCUGCCUUCUGCUGUUUCUCUACCUAGCAUGGUAUCCACCACUGCUUCACUUCUACCUUCAGCAUCACAGCACACAGCAACGUUGCCCAGCUUGCCUCAGUCCAGUGAUUUGGCCAGCAGCUCAAUUUCCCAGUUAAGCAGCUCCCUUUCCAAUCAUCAGAGCAGCCUCUCCCCUGCUUCAGUGCUGGCUUCAAACACAUCACAUGCACACAUUAGUGUUGAGAACACAACUUCAAUCCAACCCUCAACAACCUUUUCAACUGUUUCAACCUCAUCCACUAGCACCACCUCUUCAAUUGUCAGCAUCGCAAGCAGUAUGAACACCACAAACAGCCUUGGCCUGGGCAUUACCAGUGCAUCUAUACCAGCUGGUACCACAAGGGCAGCUCCCUUAGUGUCUUCAGGGAAAGCUCCACCAAACCUGCCUCAAGGUGUACCUCCCUUGUUACAUAAUCAGUAUAUUGUGGGACCUGGAGGACUUCUGCCUGCCUACCCACAGAUUUAUGGUUAUGAUGAUCUCCAGAUGCUUCAGUCCAGACUGCCAAUGGAUUACUACGGAAUUACAUUCCCUGCUCCUGCAACCUUGACAGGCAGAGAUGGGAGCCUUGCUAGCAACCUGUACUCAGGUGAUGUUACAAAAUUCGGACGUGGAGAUUCUGCCUCCCCUGCUCCUGCUACCACACUUUCCCAGCCACAGCAGAACCAGACACAGACUCAUCAUACAACUCAGCAGCCCUUCCUCAACCCAACUCUGCCCCCAGGGUACAGCUACACUGGGUUACCUUAUUACGCUGGUGUGCCUGGUGUACCCAGUGCAUUCCAGUAUGGGCCAACCAUGUUUGUACCUCCAGCAUCUGCUAAACAGCAUGGAGUCAACCUGAACACAGCAUCUACUCCUUUCCAUCAAGCGAGUGGCUAUGGGCAGCACAGCUAUGGAACAGCAGGAUAUGAUGACUUAACACAGGGGACAGCAGCUGGAGAUUACAGCAAAGGAGGCUACAGUGGGUCAUCUCAAGCACAUAACAAAUCUGCUAGCACUGGACCUGGAAAAGGUGUUUCUGUGACAUCAAGUAACACAGGUGUAUCUGAUAUCAGUGGCUCCGUCUAUAACAAGACUCAGACAUUUGACAAGCAGGGAUUCCACACUGGCACACCCUCUCCUUUCAGCCUGCCCUCUGCUCUUGGAUCAACUGGGCCCCUGAACCCUGGUGGGGCCCCAGGUUAUGCUCCAGCCCCAUUUCUUCAUAUCAUGCCUGCACAUCAGCAGCCUCAUUCCCAGAUACUACAUCACCAUCUUCAGCAAGAUGCACAGGCUGGAUCUGGCCAACGCAACCAACCCAGCACCAUGCAGCAAAAGUCUCAGGCUACCAAAAAUGCCUAUGGCACUUCUCCAUACUGGACAAACUAAAUCCAAAACCAGGGAAGGGGGAGAGAAUGAAAGGAGAGGAGGAGAAAAAUCAAAAGAAAAGAGAAAACAAAACAAAUAAAAGCUGAAGCCCAUUUCUGUAAUUAUUAGGAGAAGUAACUGCUCAGCCAAACAUCUGUGUGGGGAGAACUGCAGCUAGCCAGACAUCCUCUGAUGCACCUGCUUCUGCUUUGAGUUGCUGUUGUAUGUAAUAUAUUUAUGUAUGUAUUUGUAAAUGUAAGAGCCUAAAUGUGGUUUUCUGCAUCUUGCAGCCUGAUUUAUUUUCUUUGUAGGGAAAAAAAAUAUUUCUUCUCUGCACUGGGGCAUCCUUGUUUGGUUUUUUUUAAGCUAUAUAACUGUCAAACUGACUUUUAUGGGGGGCUGGAGCCCAUUUAUUUAAUACAGUUCUCAAUUCAGGCAAAUAAGGAGCCCUACCCCCUCCUUCCCAAAAAAAGAAUCAAAAUGUGUCUUGUUGGUUCGAUUUCUGCCCCUGGCCCCCCAAUAUAACUGUUACUUUAAAGAGAAAAGGGGGGGGGGGGGAGGGAAGAAAAAAUUUUUUGUGGGCCUUCCUCUUUUUUUCAUCUUCUCCUUCCCUCCUAUUCUGGAAGAUGAACUCUUGUGGGCAGUUUGGUCACUGUGGCUGUGAGCUGCACUUUCACCUUUUUAUUUUUCAAAUUUUAAAUAAUAAUAAUUAAAAGGAAUUUCUUUUUUUUUUGGUUGGGGUUUUUUUGUUUCUCUAGCAAGAGACUUUGGAUGGCUCAGUGUGUCGUGGAACACCUCUUUUGCAUCAUUAGAGGCAAAAUUUAUGUAGUGGUUUCUUAACUAAAAGUAUAAGCUGCGUCUUGUACUUCUUUGCCCUGAGCCACCCUGACCAGGAAAGACAGAGCUGCUGUAUGGAAAAUUCACCUGUCACUCUCUGCUUUUUUGAAAACAAAAGACCCUGGAGGUAACUACUGGUCCUUCUUGUUCUGCACCAGCACGGUGAAUGUUUGAUGAGUUUAUUUUUAGUCCUUCCUUCACCUAAUAAAGCUCUAAGCAUAUCACUGGU